CGUUGACAAUGCUUCCAAAUUCUUCGAAAUCCCCAAAACACCCUCCGCCAAAAGUCACCCAUUUUUCCAGCUCGCUACCAUUUCUAAAAAAUAUUUCUUACCCUUUAUCAAUAUCUCAAUCGCAUGCCCUAAUUCAUCGAAAUCCAACCCCAAAUCGACUGAUUCUCGAGAAAGUGAGAGAAAAAAGAAAUCCAGCUGAUCUAUGGAAAGGAUCGUCGGAGAAAAGUACAAGCUAGGUCGCAAAAUCGGAAGUGGAUCGUUUGGUGAAAUCUUUCUCGCUACUCAUGUUGACACGGGUGAAACUGUCGCGGUAAAGAUUGAAAACAGGCAGACAAAGCAUCCGCAAUUGCUAUACGAAGCCAAGCUCUAUAAUAUUCUUCAAGGAGGAAGUGGUAUUGCACAUAUUAAAUGGUCUGGUGUUAAUGGGGAAGAUAAUGUGCUGGUUCUUGACUUGCUGGGACCGAGUCUGGAAGACUUGUUUGUCUACUGUGGGAGGAAGUUUUCAUUGAAAACAGUCUUAAUGUUGGCUGAUCAAAUGAUUACGAGAAUAGAAUUUAUGCAUGCUAAGGGGUUUCUGCAUAGAGACAUCAAACCGGAUAAUUUCCUCAUGGGUCUUGGCAGGAAAGCAAAUCAGGUCUACAUCAUUGACUUUGGCCUUGCCAAAAGAUAUCGUGAUCCCACCACAAAUCGACAUAUUCCUUACAGGGAGAAUAAAAAUUUAACGGGGACUGCACGUUAUGCAAGUUGUAAUACUCAUCUUGGAAUUGAGCAAAGCCGUCGGGAUGAUUUGGAAUCACUUGGCUAUGUUCUUUUGUAUUUCUUGAGAGGAAGCCUUCCUUGGCAGGGUCUAAAAGCUGCUACAAAGAAGCAGAAGUAUGAUAAAAUAUGUGAGAAGAAGUUAUCAACACCCAUAGAGGUUUUGUGCAAGUCACACCCUGUGGAGUUUGCGUCAUACUUUCAUUAUUGCCACUCUUUAACGUUUGAUCAGAGGCCUGAUUAUGGAUUCUUGAAGCGCCUGUUUCGAGAUUUGUUUACUCGAGAAGGAUAUGAGUUUGAUUACAUAUUUGACUGGACCAUUCUUAAGUAUCAACAGACACAAAGGACAAAGACGCAUCCUCAAUCAUCUGAUUUGCAGCCUUUUUCUGGUACAAGUAGCAGUCAAGCAAUGCCUAUGGAUAAGCUUAAAGGAAUCAAGGAUGCUUCUCAUUCAGGUGAAGUUAUGGAGCAUAGAGGACCAAGUAACCAUGUUCGUCCAGAUGUCCGCAUGCAGUUUAGACCAUCAGUUGGUCAAAAUGUGAGUGAGAAACAUAUGAGGAGCAGUUCAGCGAUGCCAUCUACUUCAUUUGCUCUGCCUAGUUCCUUUAAAAAGAAUCUACCAAAAGCAGAGGGGCCAACUGAUGCCACAAGUAAUGGCCAUGGAUUUGGGAACAAGACUGGUGCUUCAAGCAGCUGGAUGCCAUCUUUUCAUAGAAUAUCUUCAGCCAAGUGAUUGGUAUAGGAAGACAAUUUUCAAAAACUAUGUCCUUGUUAUAAGUUAUUUUGAAUGAAUUUAUUACAUUUUAAGGAGUGAAUGCUUAUAGCUAUAUGUAUCAGCUAAGCUCAGGUUGUGAUUCUGGCUUUGGAUUUUAGGGAACCUAGAGCUGGUGUUGUAAGUGUCAUGAAGUUGGGACUUUGGAUAGCUCAAGAUCUUGCUGAAAGAUGGCUGAUUGUAUUAUCUGCUUUCCACAAGGCAACCAUGAGAGCAAAUAUGUGGGAUUGUGCUGCGAUGUGGCCCAUCAAAGCAUGGGGACAUUGGUUAAGCCGGUUUCAUGUUUAAUUGUUCCAUGGAUGAUAUGUAAAGUGUUUUCUCCAUUCUUCUGUUAAUAGAUGAUAAAGUUUCAUUUGUGUGA